AAUCCUUCUUACUCGACUUAGCAAGAAGAAUGACUCGAGAACAAAUCUGCAUGUCGCCAUCAACGUCAACAAGCAACGUGGGAAGGAUGAUAGGAGCGGGAAAAAGAAUGUGGCAUGAUUCAUCCCCUCUCCCUGCAACCUCCAAUCUAUGCCAUGCUAUUGCUCCCCUUUAAAGUUGACUUGGCGAACCUAUUCAUACAACACCUAAGCCCCCCCCUAGCCUUAAUACAUCCCAUCCCAUCAUUGCUUCCAUUCUGUGGCUUGGCGGCUCUCAUGAACGCCACCAUGAGCAUGUUGAGCAUGGUGGAGGCGAAGCUGCCUCCAGGUUUCAGGUUCCACCCGAGGGACGACGAGCUCGUCUGCGACUACCUCGCCGCGAAGGCCGCCGGAGGCAGCACCGAGAGCGGUUCCAUGAUGAUGGUGGAUGUUGAUCUCAACAAGUGUGAGCCAUGGGAUCUCCCUGCUGCCGCAUGUGUUGGGAGCAACGAGUGGUACCUCUUCAGCCUUCGAGAUCUGAAGUACGCGACCGGGCAGCGGACCAACCGGGCGACCAUGUCAGGCUACUGGAAGGCCACAGGGAAGGAUAAACCAGUGACCCGAAAAGGAUUGCUGGUUGGGAUGAGGAAGACUUUGGUGUUCUAUCAAGGAAGAGCUCCCAAGGGGAAGAAGACAAAGUGGGUCAUGCAUGAAUUCCGCAUGGAAGGAUCUGAUGGUGCUCCAAAGUUGCCUUUCAAGAGCCACGAGCAGGUUUAAGGCUUACAUUAGAGCUUUGUUGGAA